CCUUCAUCAUACUUUAUUUCAGUAUUUAUAAAGAAGUUUAUAAAACCUUCACCAGUCUUAUCUGAUUUCUACUUACAGGUUGAGCACACUAUCUUUCACUGGUUAUAAAUUUAAAAAAUCCAGAGUAUUUAUAAGAAAAAAAAUGGAUUUGAUUGAACAGAAAGAUAAAUUAGAUAUUUCGAACGUUGAUACUCAAAUAAUAAAAAAAAAGUCAAGACAUGGACCGUUAUUACCUGAUACUAUACGUGCUAUUAUAGUCGGUCCUAGUGGUUCAGACGCUGAUAAAGUUAUAAAACCGAAUUUAACUAAAAAGAAUUCUGUAAUAAUUUUCGAUGAUGUUUUAUGUGGUCCGCAGUCGAUAAUAAGAGAAUAUUUCGGAAUGUGUAGACAUUCAGGUGCUAGCUCUGUAUUCUAUUUAGCACAAACAUAUUCUAAAAUUCCGAAGCAACUGAUAUGGAUUUCUCAGAAUUUCGGAAAAUUUCUCAUUUCUGCUGGAAUCAUAGUGAUUACGGAUUUAUGGUUAUUGAUAAAACACGUGAAAUGAAUGAAGGUAGAUAUAGAU